GGGAGAUGCCGCUCGGCGCGCGGGGACCCGGGGCUCCGCUGCGCACCGGCCCCCGCCGCAGGGACCCGUGAGCACGUUCAGAAGUUGCCACGGAGACCCUGACGGCUCUUGUCUCGACUCUGAGGGCCAGCAAAGCUAGUGAAUUAACUGCACCAGGCCCAGACCCACAGUGCCCUCAGUGAGAGUGCAACUUCAGUGAACACCCUGUGUUCCCAGGAUCGCAGAGGAGGCUGAGCUGGCAGACUGAGCAAACUGGAUAGUGGGCAGCUGCCUUCCUCCUCUGACCUGCCAGCCUGUGAGAUGUAGUCCAAAGCCGUGCUGCUGCUGGUGCAGAAUGCGCUGAUGAGAACAGCCAGUCCUGUGCGCAUGCAGGCCAGGCCUCCUAAGAGAGGGGCAGUGUCUCCUCCACACCCCACCCUCCAGAGUCACUGAGUCAAAGGGCUUGGCCUUGAGUUGCUGUCUGCUCAAGGGAAUAUCCCCCAACAGAAUGACCAGCCGGCCCAACACCCUGGGAUGAAAUUUAAUAGUGCAAAGUCGUACCCUAUAGUAAGAAUUUCUGCUAUAAGCUGUGGGCUUCUCCGCUGGAAACAACAGAGAAGGAGAAAGACCUGGGUGUCCUUGUCAGUCCCAGGAGGACUGAUGAAGCUGUGAGAAAGGCUGAUUGGAGUGGAUUUGCUGUCUGGAUCCAGACAAACUGUCGCCAGCUCAGUCCUGGAUGUUGAGCAAGAUGGCAGCUGUCAGGCAUGCACCUACCCGAAUCCAUUUCCUUUCUCUUCUGGCCUCCUCCCUGCUCACAGCCCUUCCCCGCUGUGUACCUUGAAGAAGUGUGUGGCUGAUCUUGUGACUGUAUUGCAAGUCUCCCAAUGGAGGUGUUCUUCUCAAAGCUCCUGCUUCUGGAGUCAGGUGUUUAUAGAGUCCAGUGUGAGCACCACAGGGGAAACUUGGCUGAAUAAAAGGUUAUGGGUUAAGCAGCUGGAUCACACGUGUGGACUGGGGAUCUGCCAGCUGGGGAAAGCAAGGACACCCAAGAGGAUUUCUUUUUGGUCCCUCCCCCUGUUUUUAAUAUCGAAUCAGCUCCCCUCACCCCCACCCUUCCUCGCGCUGUGACUCGUGCUGGGGAUCUGGGGGCUCGCUCUUUCCCCUGCCCAAGUUGGAAUCCUUUCUGCGACCCUCGCACCACGAGCAGCCGAGCGCCAGCAGGAUGGACACUGAUGGCCAGCUCUGACGUGCAUGGCGGCCUGUGGCGAGUGACCGCGCUGUGCCGGCGAGGGACCCGAGCUGAUAGGGCACUGCUGCCAAGCCUCCCACCAGCACCGGGGACAGAGAGACUGCGAGGGAGCACAGUGCGGGGCGCCUCAGCCAGCUGCACGGGGAGCGGAAGGGGAACCCCACACCCUCUCAUUGCGCUGCUAGGCCAGCUCACCCGAUUGCUCCUCUCUGGUGCUGUGCAUCCCCACUGCCGACAUGAUGAUGUAUUUCUGGGGUAAUCAGGACGCCACGGCUCCUCCUGAAGCAAUGGCUCAGCCCUACCCCCCCGCCCAGUAUCCUCCGCCUCCCCAGAAUGGAAUCCCUGCAGAGUACGCACCCCCGCACCCCCACCCCACACAGGACUACUCGGGGCAGAGCACAGUACCGGAGCACCCCAUGACCCUCUACACACCAGCACAGAGCCACGCCGAGCAUCCGGGCGCUGACGGCAGCACGCAGUCCAUAGCGGGGACGCAGACGGUAUCGGUAAGAGCCCCCGUGGAGCCCCAGGUGGGCAGCAGGGCCUUUCAGCAGACAGAUGAAGCUGCGCAGACAGAGAGCCAACAGCUCCAUUCCUCAGAGAACACAGACAAGCAGCAGCCCAAGAGGUUACACGUCUCCAACAUCCCCUUCCGGUUCCGGGAUCCAGACCUGCGGCAAAUGUUUGGGCAAUUCGGGAAGAUUCUCGACGUGGAGAUUAUUUUCAAUGAGCGGGGCUCCAAGGGUUUUGGGUUUGUAACUUUUGAAACUAGCACAGAUGCCGACCGGGCACGAGAGAAGCUGAAUGGCACAAUCGUAGAGGGACGGAAAAUUGAGGUGAAUAAUGCCACAGCCCGAGUCAUGACCAACAAAAAGGCUGCAAAUCCCUACAUCAAUGGCUGGAAGCUGAACCCGGUGGUGGGAGCUGUCUACAGUCCUGAAUUCUAUGCAGUAACAGGGUUCCCGUACCCAGCCACAGGGACAGCCGUGGCAUACCGAGGGGCGCACCUACGGGGCCGGGGGCGUGCUGUCUACAACACGUUCCGCGCUGCACCCCCACCUCCACCUAUCCCCACCUAUGGCGCGGUCGUUUAUCAGGAUGGAUUCUAUGGCGCAGAAAUUUACGGGGGUUAUGCAGCCUACAGAUACGCCCAGCCAGCGGCAGCGGCAGCAUACAGCGACAGCUACGGCAGAGUGUACGCAGCUGCAGACCCGUACCACCACACCAUCGGCCCUGCUGCCACGUACAGCAUUGGCACCAUGGCUAGUCUAUACCGAGGAGGGUACAGCCGCUUCACUCCCUACUAGCAAGACACCCAGCCCCUCCCACACUAACACUGACUGCUCACUAGCAACCAAACCAACCAAACUAAGCCAAGGCAGAGCCUCCCGGAAGAACACAGUGCCCCUGCCAGGGGCCAGGGCUCUGCCCGGCUCAGCACGCCACCUAGAACCAUAGGUCUUUACCUCAAGCUGCUCUCAUCCCACGGCUCUUUGUUCACCCACCUGUCUGUCUGUCUGUCACCUGCCCUGGCUGAACUGACUGUGUUGCAAAGCAAGCAGCCUGGCCACUGCCCUGCUGCAGGGCUGGGGCGCGUCCUGCUCUCCCUAGACAUACAACCAGCAGCGAACCACGGGAGAGAGCCCAGGCUAAGCCCCCUUCUCUGCCCCCGCUGCCAGGAACACGUGAAGUCCAAAGGCCAGGGCGUUCCAAGAGAGCUGCCUUCCUGCACAGAGCAGCGCCUGGCUUGGCACAGUCCUCCAUUCCUUGGGCCUCUUCACUGCCCCAGCUCCCUCCAGCAUCUCUGUGGCAGGCAAGCCUGCUCCUGCUAGGCUGGGCUUGUUCUUCUCGUGCAGGUGCCUGAUCACAGCCAGGGCCCCGGGCGGGGCACUGCUCACACAAGGGAAAGGAGCGGAGGGUUUGUCCCUUAGGAUAAUGGGCUGCCUGGCAAAAUGGGCUGGGAACCCAUCUCAGGAGCUGUGUGCAAGGCGGAGGGUGCAGGGUAUAGCACUAGCAGGGACAGCUGAGACGGGGGCAAUGAGCAUGGCCCCACCCCUAGACUACACUGGGGAGUAGCACCCACCAUCCCUCUGCACAGCCUCUGGCCAAGUCUUGGAGCCCCCCAUGUGUGCCUGGGUCUGGGGUGCAGCAGCCCCUCUAGCUCAGGUGCACAUCAUCAUCAUCAACAUCCGGGAGGAGGGGUGGCCUGUGUUUCAGGCCAGGGGAUGCCCUAGUGCCAGAGGCCAGCUGGGGUUAGCUUUUCAUCCCAGGCCCAGCCACACCCACCCCUUUCAGUCACUACGGGGGAGAGAGAGACUGGAGUCAAGGGCCAGACUGCUCUGUGGGCCCGGCUUGGGAGAGAGGAGCCUUUGGGGUGCAGGCCCAACCGGGGGGGGGGGGGGGCGACUCAUCCAUCUGCCUGGGCAUUUCUGGGGGGACAACAGGACCCACUACACAAUCCUGGAGCCGCUUUGGAAGGAACCCCACCCCACCUCCCCCUGGUGUUUGCUGAGCUGGGCCCGGCGCUGGCAGUCCAUGCGCAGGGGACAGGGGACGCUGCGUGGCUGAGCUGGGCCCGGCGCUGGCAGUCCAUGCUCAGGGGACAGGGGACGCUGCGUGGCUGAGCUGGGCCCGGCGCUGGCAGUCCAUGCUCAGGGGACAGGGGACGCUGCGUGGCUGAGCUGGGUCCGGCGCUGGCAGUCCAUGCACAGGGGACAGGGGACGCUGCGUGGCUGAGCUGGGCCCGGCGCUGGCAGUCCAUGCGCAGGGGACAGGGGACACUGCGUGGCUGAGUUGCCCCUGGCGCUGGCAGGGGAUAGGAUGCUGCGUAGCUGAGCUGGGCCAGUUGCCCGCCUGCACCCCAUGGGCACUGCUCUCUGCUCCCGGGUGGCUGCAGGUGGCUCCAGUGAAAGUUCUGCCUCUGUUUCUG